ACACACGCACACACACACACGCACACACACACACACACUGAGUGUUGGACAUGGGGCAGUCUGGGAAGGUGGACUCGGUGAAGUGACCUCUGGGUACAAGCGGCUCUUCAUCCAGUUGGGAUGUCGGUGAAGCUGCGAUUCGACUCUCCCUCUGACGGACGGUUGGUCCACAGGAGCCGCUCCUUCACUGGGAUCAGCUCUCUGACUGGACGACAGAGGCCCUGUGUUCGUAACUCUCUCCGCUCCAAAGCCACGACGGGGGGUAAAUCUCCCAGAAUGCACCUGUCUCCUGGUACCGGGGUCACGGCCAUUUGGUCCCUGCAGCCAGAGCAGGUGGAUCGGGUCUUCAAAGCGCUACGCCAAGGACUCAAAGAACAUCUGGAGGGUCACCAGGCUGAGAUGGACUUCCUGUCCUCACAGCAGAGGACAACCCGGAGGAACUCCAGACUGGCCUUUCUCUAUGAUCUAGAGAAGGAGAUCAGAACCUUGGAGAGAUACAUACGGAAACUUGAAUUUCAGCUCAGUAAGGUGGAGGAGCUACACGAGACCUAUUGGGUCCAGUGGAGACUCUGUGAAGGGGCGGGAAACAUGAAGAGGGCCUUCAGCCUGUCUCCGUCCUCCAGAGCCUCCAGAGACAGCCUGCUGGAGCUCAGCCGCAGCCAGCGCCUCAGUGUGCAGGAGAUGUCAGUGAUGGAGGAAGAGUUAGGGAUCCUCCUGGGAGAGCUACACAUCAAAAUGAAGGGUCUGAUCGGCUUCGCUCGGCUUUGCCCCGGAGACCAGUACGAGGUGGCGGUGCGUCUGGGCCGGCGGCGCUGGAGGAUCAGAGGGAGGAUCGAGUCUGACAACACGCAGGCCUGGGACGAGGAGGAGGUGGUCUUCCUCCCGCACAUACGCCACAACUUUGAGAUCAAGGUGACGGAGGCCAAGGGUUUGGGUUGGCUGCUGGUCGGCACGGUAACGUGUGCCAGCGCCGACUUCUUGGUGGCGAGGCCGCAGCUGAUGAUGGUGGACGUCACGGAGCUGGGAACCAUCAAGCUGCAGCUGGAGGUCACCUGGAAUCCCUUUGACUCUGAGAGGAUGAGGCCUUUGGUGUCCAGCAGGAAGAUUUCACUUCACAGCUGGACGGCACCGAGUACCCCGUCCUUAACCGAGAAGUAUUUCAUGUCGAUGAUGAAGGAGCACGGUUCUCUCCCGUCUCUGGUGAACAAAGGUCGACCAAUGAGAGGAGGCGUGUCUCUGAUCAGCUACCUAUCCCACCUGGACCACCGAGCGCCGAGCGCCUACAGUCUCAGCUUCCCCUCCAGCCACAGUGUGGGAGGGAGCCAGAACCAGCUGUCCCCCUUGGGUAUCUCAGAGGAGGGGGAGGAGAAGCAGAGGAGGAAGAGGAGGGAGGAGGGAGAGGAGGAGUGGGGGAGUGUGUUAGAUCCUCCCUCUGCGGCAGUAGAGAGUCAAACAGCUUCACAUCAGAGGUCCAGCACCCCUGACCUCCUGAGGAAGACCCGAGACCAGGACCUCCUCCGUGUGCGGGACUCCCCAGGAGGUCAGGACUUCUGUGAUCCCGCCCCCCCGCAACUCCCCACUCAGCCCGUGGCCGUAAGCCCCUCCUCUCCUGACGUAAGCCCCUCCUCUCCUGACGUAAGCCCCUCCUCUCCUGACGUAAGCUCCUCCUCUCGCCGGGCCCAGGCUGCCCGGCUGGGAGCUCUGAUGGAGGAGCUAGAGAAGAUGUUGAGGAACCAGAGCUGCUCUGAGAAGGAGCUCCUGGGUCUGGACCAACAAGUCCUGCACCUGGCUACCAUCCUGAAGAACAACCUCUCUGUGCUGAGAGUCUCGGAGGAAGAGGAGGAGACGCUCGCAGUGGAAGAAGUCCUGGGCAGCUUUGACUUCUUGUCACAUGGUGAUGACACUUCCUGUCCGGGAAGCCUGAGACUGAAGGACAGGAGCCCCAUGAAGACACCCCGCCAAUCAGCUACUGAGGAGGACUCGGCCGUCGCCCCGCUGACUUCUGGGAAUUGGGGUCUGGACCAGGCUUUGGAGAUACAUCUGGAAACAUGUCGCGUCCUGCUACAGAUGGUAGCAGAGACCGACUUCAUCCCGUCCAGGAAGGAGCUGCUGCAGGAAGUGUCUCUGCAGGCUGAGGUCCUGCAGAAGAUAAGCCAUGUACUGCUAGAGGAGGACAGAGGGGUCUCUGCUGGGGACAUCCUCCCAAGGGAGGUGCGGGCCUUCUGGGAUGACUGCGCGACGGGGGUUGGCUCCUCCCCUUUCUGCUGCGACUCCGCCCGCUUCUGCAGGACGCUGAAGAAACGCUUCACCCACAAGGUGGAGGCCAAGGAGCCGGGCCAGUCGGACAAAGUGUUCUCCCACCUCCUGCAGGAGGUGCAGGCCUCCAGCCGCGUGUUGCCCAGCCCUCCUCCCUGCAGCCCAGAGGCAGUGACUCUGUUCCAGCUGUUUGUGUAUCUGAGGAGAUGGAAGCUGCAGGAUCUAGGAGGUCACAUCUCACGUCUGUCCAGAGAAGAGUACAUCCUGUCCGCCCUGAGAAGCCCCAAAAAGAGGCGGGCUCUAAAUAAGCUGAGGCGGAGUAACAUCACAGAGCUCCUCCCACUAAGAUGCACGCUGCAGACUCUGGCGGCGCUGCAGCUCCACUUCAACCACAAAGUCUGCAAGGCCGCAGCCAGCUGUUUGUGCAGAGCUGCAGGCUGCAGGGCCUUCAGGAGCCAGGCCAUAGUUUACUACACACAGAGUUUGAGGAGCUCUGAUGUUCUGAUCCAACAUGGCUCCUGUCUGGCUCUUAAAUGCCUCAAGGCGACAGAGAGUGCUGACCUCAUAGCAGACUUGUGGAGAUCAGCUGAUGAAGAUCUUUGCUGCACCGCCAGAGAAACUGUCCUCUCCUUUGGUAAGAAGGGCUACCUGGCCUUCCAGAGGAUGGACCAGAUGCACACAGAGAUGCUGGAAGAGGCCUACCACAACCAGGAGACAGAGAGCACCUUCCUGUAGGACAUUGAAGAGGUCUUUCUUCUGAAAGACGGUGCUGGGUGAAGAAAGAAACAAAGCUGCGAAGGUCCAGGUUACGGCGCAGAAACAUGGUGGAGCUGAUGAGAUGGUUUGUCUCAGGCACAACAUUUGGAAAUAGAAAUAUUACUUUAUGCUCUUGAUCUUCCACCAAAUGAGCUGGAAUUCAGUUCUGCUUAUCAAUUUAUAUGGAUAUAAGCAUUUAUUUUGUCUCAGAAUGCUGUAUUCAUUUAAACUCUAUAAAAUCACAUCUUAACGAUUUUGGCAGAAGAAUUAACAAGCAGCCUUUAGUCCAUGAGGCAGUUUUUGUCAUAACUGUGAUAAAAAGUGUAAUAACUCCCUCAAUACUUUAUUUGGACACCUUGUUUUCUGAAGGAUAAAGGGGAACCAUUGUGCUAUAAUGUGGAAUAUCAAUAUAUAUGUUAGUGGCUAAUAAAUAAAUGAAUAAAAAACUCCCCUUCAGGGUAUCACCAUAAAACUCAUCCAGGUCAAAGGUCAGGACGUGAACUCUUUGAUGGAGUGAAGCAGAACACCAGGUGACGUUUCCAAAUAGAAAUGUAGGCCCAUUUGUGUGUGUGUAUAUAUAUAUAUAGUAUAUUAUAUAGAGUAUUAUACACUAUAUCAUUCAAUGAUGGUCGAUAAAUUCAAAUAAAUCACGUUAGGUCUUUUUGGGGGAAAUUAAAAAAACCACCCUAGGAAUCCCCUGAUUGUUUGAGAUCUUACAGAUAUCUCUAAUCUGUGUGUUUACUGCUGGAUGAAAUGUGCAGCUUGCUACUGAUUUUUUUGAAGAAAUUAUGUACAGAAGUUUUUUACACAUUUGCUAGCUGUGUUUGGAAUUAUUUUUAUGACUGUUAAGUUUGAUCUGCUUACUGGUCCACCACACGACUCAACUAGCCUAAAAAUACCUUUUUAAUGACAAGUUGAGAGAAACAUUUAUUUAAAUUAAAACCAGAGCAAUAAUGCAGCAGUACACACAAUUUCCUUUGAAUGAAUUAAAAUGCAUUUUUGAACACAAAAAAAAAGAAAAGCAACCCAUGCAGAAGAAAAACCAACCAACAAAAACCA